AUGUUGCACUCGCUGUACAUCAUCAACAAGGCUGGAGGGCUCAUCUAUCAGCAGGACUUGAGUUCUGCAGCUCCCAAGCUAAGCUCUAACGAUCAUUUGCGUUUAGGUUCUACUUUCCAUAGUAUGCAUGCCAUUGCGGCAUUAGCAGCGCCUACUAAUUCAGGUGGUAUCAAUAGUCUCGAGACAGGCACAUUCCGUCUCCAAUGUCUACAGACACCCACAGGCAUCAAGUUCUUCAUUACGGCAGCUUUGGGAACGCCUGAUCUUGAUGUGGCACUGCAGACUGUAUAUGAAUUAUACGUGGACUACGUGCUCAAGAACCCAUUUUACGAGCUGGAGAUGCCGAUCCGAUGCAGUCUAUUCAACACUGGACUCAAGCGAUUCGUGGACAAGUUCAAUCUGGACAGUGGUCGACGUCGUCCGCAGAUUAGCAGCGGGGCCGAGCUGUACUGA